AUGGCCACCAAACAGUGGACGGUGUUUGUGGUCGACCAUGCCAGCGGCAUUGACUACGUGCUCCACCACGGAGCCCAGGCGCUUCUUCUGAACCGCAAGCUGGACCGAUUGAGUCUUGUCACCGACGGCAACACCACGUUCGUUGACGCCGCGUUCACCUACGAUAACCUCAAGGCAUGGUACUCCCAUUUGGACACUACUGUCGAGGCUACGGACUUAGAGGCAAGCAUGGCGGCUGCUAAAGCCAAUUUGGAAGUGAAAUUACGGCUCAAAUUUAGCCGCUACCUCGUCAUUGCCACUAAUGAUGAUAACUACGCCAACUUUGCGGACCAGGUCGAAAACUACACUGGUUUCAUCACUAACAACUCAAUUAAGGUGGUGCUUGUGGGGGUGAGUACCAAGGGCCCGUGGAAGCCGGUAAUUGAUGCCUGGAAGUGCCAGGUGGUGCCUAACCCUUCAGAAACGUUACGCUACAACACUGCGAUAAAACGCGUGUUACCGAUGAAGACGCUGGCUUUACUUCAAAUUGGUAGAGACGUUGAAAGUUCCCGUGACGCUCUCGAACAACCAGCGUACUUUACUAUCCCUGUGGGGCUAUAUCCAGCAGUGAAGCCGUUGGCGCCGGCCAGUGCCGGUGAGUACAAGUACGAUUCUCUGCAAGGAACCGCUAAGGUGGGACGCCGCUCUCACUACUAUGUGAAUGUGAAGUCGUCUUCGGGUGACAAUAAUGAAGGAGAAGACGGAGAGAAUCGAAAUGAUGACAAUGAAGCAGAGGGAGUUACUGCGACAACUGAUAACAUUGAGAAGCUUACCGUCGAUCCAGGUGAUAGAGUGCCGGCAUUUAAGUACUCCAAGCAUGACCUAGUCGUGGUUAAUGAGUACCUUAAGGAGAUGGCCACCCUUGAUACCGUGGCGACCUUUGACGUACUUGGCUUCUCUGCUCUCAGAGAUUUACCAUACCCUUACAUUACCGGUGAACUGAAGUAUGUUGUCCCGGCAGUGGACCACACCGGCUACAAUCUGUUUGUCACUGCGCUUGGCCAGCUUGAGCGUUUUGCCCUUGUUCGGUAUGUUCCAAAACCUAAAGCGGCGGUGCAAAUUGGGGCGCUUCUCCCUGUCAAGUUUGCCGUUGACGACGAGCCGAAACCGGGCUUGGUAUUUGUGCCAUUGGCAUUUGCUGAAGACGAAAAGUUCGGCAAGUUCCCCUACCUUACUCCUCCCACCAAGCCGAAAACCGAGAAAAAAGACGAUGAAUUCAGUGACGAAGAUGCUAGUGAGGGUGAGGAAAGCGAUGACUCGCUCGCGAUUUUACCCCCAGCAUCAACAGAACCACCAAAGUAUCCGUCCAAACGGUUUCCUACUGCCGACACCCAGACGCAAAUGGAUGAAUUUGUGGAAAGAAUGUCAUUUAACGAGACACCUACAUCGCAGAUUGCUAUCAACAAUCCUCGGCUUGAUCUCCGGCUGCUGAUUCCGGUUGUCGUCGAUCACGGCGACCCUAAGUCUCAAACUGCUCAAUCUAAAUUGUUGGCAUCCUCCCCCAGUAUCGCCAAGUACGACAUGUACUUGGAGAAGAUCAUUGUCAAGCUGUUGGCGCAGGCGCUGCUUAAUAAGUUUACGAUUACUGAGGACUUUGCUACCAAGAACUUGGUGGACCCUGAGGGCACCAAUUUGUACAACUUGGGUAACAUUCUCGAGAUCAACAACGGAAAUCGAGGGAGGGUGUUGCCUUCUCCUCCAUUGCUGUUGGUGAAAGGGUUAAUGGAGAAGCUUGACGUGUCGUACCGUCCUCCUGUGGAGAAGACUCCCGCCGCUGAGGGUGAGGGCCGGGAAGCGGCGGCGACGGAAGAGUUUGCCGAUUUCGUCAAUAUCGACGAUAUUUUGGGUCAUUAA